AGAAAAUUCAUUAAUCCCGCAGUCCGCCAUUAGUCCAGAUUGAGACAAAUAAGGGACAUAUAUAAAGGAUUAGAUUUACUGCAUUGAUACUUUGAAGAAGAUAUACUCUCCGGGUGGAAGGAUCACAAAGAUAUGCAAGGCACGAUUGCGUUGAUGUGAUCGGAUGUGCGAAGAUUGACUCAUAGCUCAUUUUAUAAAAUGCAAAGACCAUAAAUGUACAUUUGUAUUCCUGUCAAGUCGCCAACACCCUUAACAGUGGCAUCACAACAAAGCAUGACCUACAAAUUCCUUUGGAAGUAGAUGACUGGAAAACAAAAUGCUAUGGAUAUUAUAUGUAUUAUGCAUUGGCACAGUCAAUGGCCAACAGAAUAAUGCUUUCAUAGAUAUUUGGACUGAUUUAUUCCGCCCGUUACCGAAAAACCCCGACGAAGGAUUCAUAUCAGACUAUGCUCCACGGGAACAAGAAGAAUUCGACUUCAUCGUCGUUGGAGCGGGGUCGGCAGGAUGCGUCAUAGCAAACAGAUUAACAGAAGUCAAAUCAUGGAGGGUACUACUUAUAGAAGCCGGAGGCGACGAAAAUUUCUAUUCCGACAUUCCAUUGUUUGCAUCCUUUCUGUCCUUAACGCCUUUGAACUGGGGAUACAACUCAGAGCCCGAGGCGAAAGCAUGCAAAGAUCUCAGAGGAAAUGUAUGCUUCAUGCCUCGAGGCAAAGUACUUGGCGGCAGCAGUGUGUUAAAUUUUUUAAUUUAUCAACGAGGACACCCAGACGAUUACAAUGAUUGGGCAACAUUGGGUAAUGAAGGCUGGAGCUACGACGAGGUACUCCCGUACUUUAAGAAAUCGGAAAACAUUAGAAUAAAUGAAUUAAAAAAUUCUUCAUACCAUGGUACGAAUGGAUAUUUAGAUAUUGAACACUCUCCCUUCAGACACCCUCUAGAGAAAUCAUUUAAGAAAGCUGGUCAGGAACUAGGUUACGAAUGGAGAGAUCCAAACGGAGAAAAAUUAAUUGGCUUCUCUAAGCCUCAAGCAACGAUGAGACGAGGCAGGCGAUGUAGCACGGCAAAAGCCUUUUUAGAACCAAUUCGACUCAGAGAAAAUCUCAAAGUUACGAAGUUUUCUACAGUAACAAAAUUAUUAAUUGACCCCGAUACCAAAACUGCUUACGGUGUGGAAUUCAUUAAAGGAAGAAAAAGAAUUCAAGUGCGAGCGAAACGAGAAGUAAUACUCUCAGCAGGAACUAUUGGCUCCGCACAACUACUGAUGGUGUCUGGAGUGGGCCCUAAGGAGCACCUACGGGACGUCGGCGUCAAGCCUCUAGUCAACCUGCCCGUAGGUUACAACUUGCAGGACCACGUCACUUUCUCUGGCAACGCGUUCAUUGUCAACAACUCCAGGCUCACUGUCAAUGAUAUGGCGGCAGCCCAGCCCCUGUCAGUGGCGGCAUACCUCGUAGGACGCGGACCUUUAACCCUACCAGGAGGUGCAACUGGCCUUGCAUUCUCUCGCACCAAGUUUGCAUAUGACGACCCUGUGUUAACGCGACCAGACAUCGAGCUCGUCAUGGGUGCAGGCUCUUUGGCUGGCGAUUUUUUUGGAAUGCUACGAUCGUUACUAGGUAUAACGGACCAGUGGUACUGGCAAGUAUACGGAUCUCUACCAAUGGAAGUAAAGCAGCGAACGUUUGCGAUGAACCCAGUUCUAAUCCGACCGCGAAGCACAGGGCGGCUGAUGCUGCGUGGCCCUCGCUUCUCCGACCAACCGCGCAUACAUCCCAACUAUUUCGAUCAUCCAGAUGAUCUACGUGCUAUGGUGGAAGGAGUUAGAUUGGUUCAAAAAGUGAUUAACACAAAAGCGUUUCAACGACACGGUACGAGACUUCACGAAGUGCCAUUCCCAGGCUGCGAGCGACAUUCUUUUGACUCUGACGAGUACUGGCAGUGUGCCAUAAUGCAAACCUCGAUCACGUUGGACCAUCAGGUUGGAACCUGCAAAAUGGCACCAGAAAACGAUUUGACGGGCGUAGUAACUCCUAAAUUAUUAGUUCGUGGUAUUCGAGGAUUGAGAGUGGUGGAUGCUUCGAUUAUGCCCCGUAUUCCAGCCGCCCAUACGCACGCCGCUGUUGUCAUGAUCGCAGAAAAGGCUUCCGACUUGGUUAAACAGCAAUGGGGCAUUAAUCAUAGGUAUACUCAUAUAACUCCACCAGAUAAUUGGCAAAGUUACUCUGCUGCGGUCGCUACCUCCGAUAAAACUUCUUCUUUAUAACAUAUGAAUCGUACAAUAAACGGAACUCUGAUCGAAUUGUCAAAACAUACUAGAAUUAAGGAAGAAAAGACCAAAUAUCAAAGAACAUUGUGAAAAGUAUAAAAUAAAAAGUAAUUAAACUAUGGUUCAUAUUUUUUUCUGCAUCAGGUAUUGAAAUGCGUUUAACUGUGCUUAAAAUGUAUUAAGUUCCCUUGCUGACUAGUAAAUAUAGUAACUGAAUAAUAAAGGAUGUCUCAAUAAGAGUGGUUUAAAUUUAAACUUGUGAGUUGAGUUGUGAUAAUUUUAUUGCAUUAUAAAAUAGACAUGGUCCGAUUAAGUAUGGAGUAAAAUAUUCGGAAAAUGGCCCACGCGAUUCUGAUGACUGGCCAAUGCUCUUUUUAUGACAUUUUAGAUAACUUUUUAACAAAGAUGUGGCUAUAUUUCACCGAUGACAAGUUGGGUCUCGGUCUUGGGCUCAAGAAUUGUUUGUGGUUUAUUCGCAUAGAUCCUAUAUUUCACGAAACCCUAAAGAAAGAAAGUUACAAAGCUCUCCUAGUCAUAGAGCUAAGCUGCACUCCCACCAAUAUAACUCAAAACAAAUUUUUGUUCCAGAGUUUUAUUUAAACUCAUAUUCCUUUAUUCUGUUAUACCUAAUCAAUUACGUUAUAUUUGUGUACCUAUGUAUUUUUAAGAGUGAUUUUGAAUAUCUCGUAUUUUUUAUAUAUCCAGUGCGUAUACAAAGAAGGGCG